AUGCGCAUCCCGAAUGGUUCACAGGGUCAGCAUCUUAAUGAAGUCAAAAUCAAUUGGCCGAAGCUCAAUACAACAAUCACGGUGAAAAUUAAUGAUGCAAACCCAACACUAGUUGGCUUACUUGAAACUGCCCUACCUUAUCGCUCCCUCCAAACACAUGCCGUUGUUGCCGGCGACCAGCUAUAUCACUUGAUUCCGUCAGAACAGCUGAUUUAUACACCUGCCGACAAGAAGGCUCCUGAUAGGGCGAAAGAGCCUGACGGCUCGGUAUUUCUCUCGUCAUUCCAGCACUUUGUGAUCAAGUAUGGUGAGGUAACCGAGCACCAGCCGGUGGCUACUUGUGGGAAGGUUAUUGAUGAAGAUAUGGAUAAAUUGCGCUGGGUUGCGGAUGAAGUUUGGAAAUUUCAGUGUGAAACAAGAAAGCACCCUACUGAGGUAGUUCUAUGGGAUGCUUCAAAGCCGGAGCCUGAUCCCAAUAAGCUGGACCUUUUCAGACAUCAGAGGGCUGGUGUGAGUAAGGAGGUAAGGAAGCUCGUCGAUGAGAUUCAUACCGAGACGCAAAAGUGUUGGUCGGAUAUAUCCGAGGACAUUGAAAAGAUUCACUGUGGUAAGGCACUAGAAAGGCCUGGGUCAAAGGAGUCAUACUUUGGUGCCAUGGUGUUUUCUAACAGUGUGAUACGAACACUUGGAUAUCAUGUUCUCGACAACAUCAUAAAACUGGCGUUUACGCGUCCUGAAUUUACCUUGAGGCAUCUGAUUGUGCUUUUCCGGGAUUUCGUUCCAUCAAUUGCCGAUUUUGUUGGCCAUCUAGGAGCAGCAUACGUCAAUGACAGUUACGAGAGCAUUGAAAAGCUCAUCAAAGAGAAGGUUGAGAAAAAUCCCAAUCAGGAGGAGGCACGUGAGGACUUCCUUGCAAUGGUCAGCGCAUUGAGCUUCUAUGUUAAUCUCCUCAACGCCCAAAAUCUGCACAUGUUUCCCUGGAGGCACGCGAAAGAAUACCAAACUGAGUCAUAG